AUGCAUGUCUACAGGCAACCCUGUGUCAACGCAUUUUAUGCAUCUUUCUCGCAUCCCCUGCAGAUUAACAGCGAGAUCAUGCGGUUCAGCCAUGGCAUGCAUGCGGCCUGUACAACGCUGGCAACCAACUUGAAGGCCUCCCAGCUGGAGUCAGCGGACGCGCUAGCCAAGAGUCGGCGUCAGCUGAUGAAGGAGGAGGAGGAUGCCAAGCUGCGCGCCCAAAGUCUGACCGAAUCGCUGGCACGCAGUCAGUCGAAGCUGGCGGAAGCUGAGAGCAAGCUCAUAGAGCUAGCUCAGAAAAACCAGGAGCUGGCUGACGAGGUCUGCUUACAUUUUCAUUCCCAUUAUGCUAUGCAUAUAUGUAUUGUAAUGUCAAAUGACUUCUUUGGAAAAAGCAGAAGAAUGUGUUUGAUAUAUUUGUGA